UGCACAUAACCUCAAUUAUUGGUGCACAAAACACUUUUUUUGUACGCUCAAUGUCAUGAAAUAAACAUAUGAAAAAAUCGUAGCUGAGUUGUCGAUAGUUCUUGAAACAGUUUGAAAACAAAUUCCAAAUGCUAUGAAUGCACAGCAUUCGGCAGUUACACCGUUCAUUUGUAUCAACAGCGACAAUGUCGUCGAAGAAGCAGGGAAACAGAAAAAAAUCGUCUGGCAAAUCGAAUCCAAGUGAAGAAAAUAAAACGCCGACUGUGAGUGCGAUCAGUGUGAAUAAAUCCGGCGAAAUUGUGUUGCGAAUACAUGCUAAACCGGGAUCUAAGCAGAAUGGAAUCACCGAUAUAUCCACCGAUGCGAUUGGCGUUCAAAUCGCCGCUCCACCCAUUGACGGCGAAGCCAACACCGAAUUAGUCAAAUACAUAUCGAAAGUGUUGCAGCUACGGAAGAGCGAUCUCAGUUUGGAUCGUGGCUCAAAAUCAAGGGAAAAAGUUCUACUAGUGGCCAAAGACUCGAUUACUAUCGAUCGAACCACACAACUCAUCAAAACGGAAUGCGAAAAUGGAUGACAAUUUGUUUGUUGGAGAUUUUUAAGCUUUAAUUGUACAAUUUUCUUUUAAAAAAUUAAAGUGAAUAAAAUAAAACAUUGGAAAUUUGA